AUGCAGACGGUGUACUCGGAGGUGAAGCCCAAUCCGCUGCAGGAUGCUAACCUCUGCUCGCGCGUCUUCUUCUGGUGGCUGAACCCCUUGUUUAAAAUCGGUCAUAAACGGAGACUAGAAGAAGAUGAUAUGUACUCACUGCUCCCCGAGGACCGUUCAAAGUAUCUUGGAGAAGAGUUACAGGGGUACUGGGAUAAAGAAGUUUUACGAGCUGAGAAAGAAGCACGGGUGCCUUCUUUAACAAAAGCAAUCAUCAAGUGUUACUGGAAAUCUUACUUACUUUUGGGAAUUUUUACAUUAAUCGAGGAAGGCUCCAAAGUAAUUCAGCCUAUAUUUUUGGGAAAAAUUAUUGAUUAUUUUGAACACUAUGAUCCCACUAAUUCAGCAGCUUUGCACACAGCCUACAUGUAUGCUACCGUGUUGACAGUGUGCACACUCAUUCUGGCCAUCCUGCACCACCUGUACUUCUAUCACGUCCAGUGUGCUGGGAUGAGGCUUCGGGUGGCCAUGUGCCAUAUGAUUUAUCAGAAGGCGCUCCACCUCAGUAACUCGGCCAUGGGGAAGACCACUACAGGGCAGAUUGUUAAUCUGCUCUCCAACGAUGUGAACAAGUUUGAUCAGGUGACGAUAUUUUUACACUUUCUGUGGGCAGGACCACUGCAGGCCAUUGCAGUGACUGCCCUACUCUGGAUGGAGAUUGGGAUAUCAUGUCUCGCCGGAAUGGCAGUUAUAAUUGUCCUCCUGCCUUUGCAAAGCUGCAUUGGGAAGUUGUUUUCGUCGCUGCGGAGCAAGACUGCAACUUUCACGGACAUCAGGAUCAGGACCAUGAAUGAAGUUAUAACUGGCAUCAGAAUUAUAAAAAUGUAUGCUUGGGAAAAGUCAUUUGCAGACCUCAUUACCAGUUUGAGAAGGAAGGAAAUUUCCAAGGUUCUUAGAAGUUCUUACCUUAGAGGAAUGAAUUUGGCAUCAUUUUUUGUUGCGAGCAAAAUAAUCGUGUUUGUGACUUUCACCACUUAUGUGCUCCUGGGCCAUGUGAUCACAGCCAGCCGUGUGUUUGUGGCCGUGACGCUGUAUGGGGCUGUGCGAUUGACCGUCACCCUCUUCUUCCCCGCGGCCAUUGAGAAGGUGUCCGAGGCCAUCGUCAGUAUCCGAAGGAUCAAGAACUUUCUGUUACUGGAUGAGAUAAGACAGCAUGACAGCCAGCUGCCGUCAGAUGGUAAACCGAUAGUUCAUGUGCAAGAUUUCACUGCUUUUUGGGAUAAGGCGUCGGAAACCCCAACCUUACAAGAGCUUUCCUUCACAGUCAGACCCCGCGAGCUGUUAGCUGUGGUUGGACCGGUGGGAGCAGGAAAGUCCUCCCUGUUAAGUGCUGUGCUGGGGGAACUGCCCCCCCGGCAGGGGUUCAUCAACGUGCAAGGGAGAAUCGCCUAUGUUUCCCAGCAGCCCUGGGUAUUUUCAGGAACUGUGAGGAGCAAUAUUCUCUUUGGGAAGAAAUACGAGAAGGAGCGAUACGACAAAGUUAUAAAGGCUUGUGCCUUGAAAAAGGACCUACAGCUUUUGGAGGAUGGAGACCUCACCGUGAUAGGAGAUCGGGGAGCCACUCUGAGUGGAGGGCAGAAGGCACGGGUCAACCUUGCAAGAGCAGUGUACCAAGAUGCAGACAUCUACCUCCUGGACGACCCUCUCAGCGCCGUCGAUGCGGAAGUGAGCAGGCACUUGUUUGAACUGUGUAUUUGUCAAACCUUGCAUGAGAAGAUCACCAUCUUAGUGACUCACCAGUUGCAAUACCUCAAAGCUGCCAGUCAGAUUUUGAUACUGAAAGAUGGUGCAACAAUGCAAAAGGGGACUUACACCGAGUUCCUUUCAUCUGGGGUCGACUUUGGCUCCCUUUUAAAGAAGGACCACGAGGAACCUGAGCAGAAUCCCGUGCCUGGCACCCCCACGCUGAGGAAUCGGACCUUCUCGGAGUCUUCAAUUUGGUCUCAACAAUCGUCGAGACCCUCGUUGAAAGAGGGCGCUCAGGAGGGUCACACUUCGGAGACCAUGCAGGUGGCCCUGACCGAAGAGAGCCGAUCAGAAGGGAAAGUCGGCCUGAAGGCGUACAAGAACUACUUUGCUGCUGGUGCCCACUGGCUCACCAUCAUCUUCCUUAUUCUACUGAAUGUCGCCGCCCUGGUUUUCUACGUGCUCCAGGACUGGUGGCUUUCACACUGGGCAAAUGAGCAGAGCGCACUGAAUGCAACUGUAAAUGGGGAAGGAAAUGUAACGGAGACGCUAGAUCUCAACUGGUACUUAGGAGUUUAUGCAGGUUUAACCGUGGCCACGGUACUUUUUGGUAUAGCCAGGUCCCUGUUGGUGUUCUACAUCCUUGUUCAUUCUUCUCAAACUCUGCACAACAAGAUGUUUGAGUCCAUUUUGAAAGCUCCAGUGUUGUUCUUUGAUAGGAACCCAAUAGGAAGAAUUUUAAAUCGUUUCUCCAAAGACAUUGGACAUAUGGAUGACUUGCUGCCCCUCACAGUUCUAGAUUUCAUCCAGACGUUCCUGCAGGUGGUCGGUGUGGUGGCUGUGGCCGUGGCAGUGAUCCCGUGGGUGGCAGUACCCUUGGUUCCGCUUGCCAUCAUUUUCUUCAUACUUCGGCGGUAUUUCUUAGAAACCUCACGAGAUGUCAAGCGCCUGGAAUCUACAACACGAAGCCCGGUGUUUUCCCACUUAUCGUCUUCUCUUCAGGGAUUGUGGACCAUCCGGGCAUACAAAGCUGAAGAGAGGUUUCAGGAACUCUUUGAUGCACACCAGGAUCUGCAUUCAGAGGCUUGGUUCUUGUUUUUGACGACAUCCCGGUGGUUUGCCGUGCGCCUGGACGCCAUCUGUGGCAUCUUUGUCAUCGUCAUUGCCUUUGGGUCUCUGCUGCUGGCAAGAACUCUGGAUGCUGGGCAAGUUGGUUUGGCAUUGUCCUACGCCCUCACGCUCAUGGGGAUGUUCCAGUGGUGCGUUAGACAAAGCGCCGAAGUUGAAAAUAUGAUGAUCUCUGUAGAACGGGUGAUUGAAUAUACAAACCUUGAAAAAGAGGCCCCCUGGGAAUACCAGAAGCGUCCACCACCGGCAUGGCCCCACGAAGGCACGAUUGUCUUUGAUAAUGUUAACUUCACGUACAGUUUAGAUGGACCUCUUGUUCUGAAACACUUGACUGCGCUCAUAAAAUCCAAAGAAAAGGUUGGCAUUGUGGGAAGAACAGGAGCUGGGAAAAGUUCCCUCAUUUCAGCCCUUUUCAGAUUGUCAGAACCUGAAGGGAAAAUCUGGAUUGAUAAGAUCUUGACAACUGAAAUUGGACUUCAUGAUUUAAGGAAGAAAAUGUCGAUCAUACCUCAGGAACCUGUUUUAUUCACUGGAACAAUGAGAAAAAACCUGGAUCCCUUUAAUGAAUACACGGAUGAGGAACUGUGGAAUGCCUUAAAAGAGGUACAACUUAAAGAAGCCAUAGAAGACCUUCCCGGUAAAAUGGAUACCGAAUUAGCAGAAUCCGGAUCGAACUUUAGCGUUGGGCAAAGACAACUCGUGUGCCUAGCCCGGGCUCUUCUCAGGAAAAAUCGGAUAUUGAUUAUUGAUGAAGCUACAGCCAAUGUGGAUCCCAGAACUGACGAGUUAAUACAGAAAACAAUCCGUGAGAAGUUUGCCCAGUGCACGGUGCUCACCAUCGCACACCGGCUGAACACCAUCAUCGACAGUGACAAGAUCAUGGUUUUGGAUUCAGGAAGACUGAAAGAAUAUGAUGAGCCAUAUGUUUUGCUGCAAAAUAAAGAGAGCCUCUUUUACAAGAUGGUGCAACAACUGGGCAAGGCAGAAGCUGCCGCCCUCACCGAAACAGCAAAACAGGUAUACUUCCGAAAGAACUACCCAGCUAUUACUCACAAUGGCCCUGUGGCGGUGAACACUUCCAAUGGACAGCCCUCAGCCUUCGCCAUUUUUGAGACAGCACUGUGAUCACACCAAGAUGCCCUAAUGGCAUUCUCCAAUCCUGUUUGAACUGUGUAGGCUGUGGAUCUUGUUGUUGUUGUAAACUCUUGAGACAAAUAGCUAUGUGUACAAGGCAUUCGUUUGUUUAGAUUGUCUCCCAACUUCCCCCAGUGGUUUCAAACUCUUGCAAAAUGAUUUCUAUUUUUAUUUACAUGUUACAUAUUAUAUUCCUAUUUUCACUUUUUUAAAAUCCCAAUCACAGGUGCAGGCCACCCAGCAAAGCUGUUUUGUGCCUUAAGACUGCAGAGUCCCAGCUUGCUUGGUGGGGAUAAGUCAGACAAAACCCCCCUAGAGUUUUCUUCUUUACAACCUCGCCCUUUCCAGAUACACCGGGGAUUCUGUUUACUUGAAGACUGUGUGAAGUUGCCAUGUUGCCUCCCCGCUUUCCUUAACACGACUUGAAGUCCAUUCUUUUUCCUGAGGACUUUUUAUAAACAUUGUAUGGCUGAAGCGGAUAGAACAAGAACAAAAUAAUAAUAAUGCACGUGUGUUCGUGUGAGAUCAGAGGAGAGCGUACCUAUUCCCUAAGAGAAGGGCAUGGUCAAAACAUGAAAGGACAGUGUUUUUAGUUCAUGUUUUAACAGAACAAGAAGAUAAUGCUCUCUCAAUGCAGGAUCACUUACAGAUAGAUGAUCUAGUCAUCUGUCAUGAGCCCCGAACAUCUUUUAGAUGGGCGUGACUCUGACAUGGGAGCCAUGUGGCAGUUUUAUACUCAGAGUGGUGCGAUUGGGGGACAGGGAGAGAUGAAAUACAGUGAAACCUUUAAUUCCUGAGAAAUGUGGUGGUUUCCUACUUGGAUUUCUGGUUUACUGCGGAGUAACCCCCGUGGUCUGUAGGCUUUCUGGUUUAGUCAUUGUAGGAAUUACUCCUAAGUUUCAUUCAAAGGCUCACCUGAUGUGGUCAGAUAACUGGAAAUCAUUGUGACGCUGGUGUGUAAUGACACAGCCCACUCUCAGGAUGGGUCCAGAGAGGUCACCUCUGGGAGUCUGCCCACCUAUUUUGCUUCUGAUUACUGAUAGCCCUGUCCCCGGGUCCUUCUGAUGAGUGAGUGGCUCAAAGCGAGUACUCCCCAGGGCUGCUCAAGGUUGUGUGAACUAUGGGUUCUUUUGUUUUGCUUGGUGGCGGCGGCUCUGAGGUCUUGAGAUGAAGCUUAUAAAGGUUCUGUUGUCACAGUUUCAAGUGGACGCUCAUGACUACUCAGAAUAAGGUGUAACUGGCCUCAGAUUGCAGAUUAGCAUAUAUAAACACAAGUUCACAGAUGUCUGUAUGCCUAUAUGCUUUCGCAUGGCAGAUUUUAGGACUUUUCAACAGAAAGAAAGAUGUUUUAUAGAAUCAAGUCUCUUAAAAGCACACAGCAAGCUACCAAAAUUCAUUGAAUGUAGUAGGGGUUGACUCUUUUUGUAUUUAGAAUCAUUGCUGUUUUGUUCAGUAAGCCACACCAAGUAAGUUGUUUGUUAAUAAUUGGUAGUAUUUCUGGAGACAGAAAUGACAACAAUGAUGAUAAUAAAAUUUGUUAAAACAGUAGAUGUUGUUAAAAUGUGUCUAUGUUUAUUGUGCCUUUGGAGUUUGAAGGCAGUUAUAUAACAUGUUUCUAUUUCUGUUACAACUUCAUAUAAUUUUUUAAUGAAGCAAAAUUCAAUAGAAAUAAAAAGUUUGCAUCUCCAUUCCGAAAA